AUGGCAAAGCUCGCUCUCCUCGUAGCAACCUUUGCUCUCGCUUUAUUCGUCGUCAAUGCUUCCAUAUACCGCCAGCAACACUCUUGUCAACAGCAGAUAAGGGAGGAGGACAACCUGAGGGACUGUCAGAGAUACAUAGAAGACGAGUCGAGCAACCGGUACCACAGGUCGGACCGACACUUGGACUCGUGCUGCCAGCAGCUGGAGAACCUCCAGAGGGAUUGCCGGUGCGACGGCCUGGAACAAGCGGUUAGGCAGCAAAUGAAGGAUGGAGAGUGGGAGAGAGAAGAGGCCCAACAGCUGUACAAGGUUGCCGAGAAGAUUUUGCAGAGGUGUGAUAACGUGGAGGAGCCUAGGGGGUGUGACUUGCCUUCUCGAAGGUGGUUUUAG